ACUCGUCAAGUAUUAUCGAAUUCCAUCGUCACUCAUGAUCUCAUUCUCAAUCAGAAACAUUUCUUCUGUGAGAGAAAGCAAGGCUGACGCGCAACUAGGAUGGAAGGUAUGGAAGGCCCGUAUAGGAGUCGCAGACGUUUUGAUUCCGGCCACAUGUGGGACGUCGGUGCAGUGUUGCUAGGUGGGUUCGUUCCUGGCUUUGUUGUGACGAAAUGCGUCGCCGUGGUAGGCGCUCUCGCCUUCUCCUCAUGGUGUGCAGCGAUUGUUGUCGUCGCAGCAGGACUUCACCACAUUCAUUGGUUGCUCAUCGUUCACUGGUCCAAGAUUGGGCUGACUAACUCGUCUUUCCUCCCUGAAGCGCUCACAAACUAACCCAAGGUUUUUAUACGCCAAGCUGUCCUCGUGCGGAGGCUCAGCAGGCCCCUGUGAUUGGGGUUCCCAUAUACGUCGGGUGUAAAUUUUCAUUGGCUCUCUGGUAUCUAUUUGUCUGACUGACACAGCAGCUAUACAACAAUCACGCGACAAUGGACACAGGCGCAGACAGUGCUUGAACCUUGUGGGUGAUUCAGUUGUUACGUGGCUGGUUGCUUCAAUGAUGCAUGGGCCAUGACACCGUAGAGCUACUAACCACCUUCCUGCUGUGGCUAAAACUGUCAGAAGCAUUAUUGUAUCUUUUUCUGAAGUACAUAUAAUGUAGAUGCUGUAAUUGUGCCCUGUACCAAGUCUCUAAAGGCGUGGAACAUAC